AUCGUCUCUUGACCCUGGGCACAAAAGAAUUAACGAUCAACAUUCGGUAUUCAGUGGAAGAAAAUUCAAUAUUUAUCGAGGAUAAAUUCACACUCGUAACAAUAAAAAUCAGUGACAUAUUUUGGUGACAGCGAAAUCACGAAUUUAACGACACACGAUCGAAUGAAGAACAACGGUGAUUACGUCAAUUCACGACAGAAUGAAGAAACAAAGAAGCUACGGAGACGAGAUAAGUACGAAUUAACGAAACACGAAGAAACUAAGGGUCGAGUUAUGAGUACGAGGAUUAACGCGAGAGCGAAAAUUCAUGCUAUUGAUCUCUGCUACCUUCGAGUAUCGAGGCUUCAUUGCAAAGGAAAAUUGAAAUAAAAUCGCGAGUGCUGAGAGCCCCGAGAAGCAUUUAAGUAUGGGGAGUCAAUGUUGCAAGUGCGCGAACGGUGACAAGAAACAUCGCGGCUCGGUCUCUUCUGUGUAUCGGUUUCGCGGUGAUGUUCCGAUGCCAUCGGAUCGUUAUCAGAUCCAAGCACGUGGCAAUGUCGUACAAUUGACGCUAAAACAAUCGCAGAAAGAAGACUCGGGUCACUAUGCCCUCGUGGCGAAAAAAUUAUCAAGCGGACUGUCGUUACCGAGCGAUGGGAGCUUGGAAUCGAAACACAGAAUUUGCCUGAGUAUUCAGGAUCCGAAGAGCCUCAUCGAGGAGGGUGAACCACCGAUAUUUUUACGCCGACUGAGCGAUCUCGCCGUUAAAGUUGGUACGAGGACACGAUUUCUCGUUGAAAUCCGAAGUUCCACGAGUCCUAAGGUGACUUGGCACAAAAAUGACGAGCUCGUGCAAUCCGGGCCGAGACUGUCUUUCGUUCACGAGGGUAAUUUCUACUGCGUCGAUGUUGCGCCUGUUAUGGUCGAUGACCAAGGUCACUGGACCUGCAUGGCUGAGAAUGGGAGUGGGAGAUCUUCGUGCACGUCUUUCCUCAGCGUUAUCGUUCCAAAGGCCUACAAGAAGCCCGAAUUCGUCGAGGAGUUGAAGGCUUUGCUAACGGAAACCGGGACCGUCUCCCUCGAAUGCAAAGUCGUCGGUGUCCCAACUCCGGUGUUGAAAUGGUUCAAGGAUCAGAAAGAGAUCAAGGCCGGGGAUGUUUUCGCCUUGACAGCCAACGCCGACGAUCCAACUUCGUUGGGAACUUACACCUGCGAAGCUGUUAAUUGCAUGGGAACGGCGUGCUCUUCGUCCAAGGUCCAUGUCGUGGGGAAGGGCAGCAGAGAAGGAUCCCUCAAGCCAGCCGAUGCCCUCACACCUUCAGGACCACUUCCGGUCUUCGAGAAAAUUUUGCGCGAUGAAUCCUGCCGGAUCGGAGAUACGCUGGUGCUUUCUUGCCAAGUUCACGUCCCACCCUGGCCGAAGGCCAUCACUUGGUACAACAAAGAGGGCCGAGUCGAACCGAGCGAGAAAUAUCACGUGAUCGCAGACGGCCUCGGUGGCUAUUCGAUCGAAAUAAAAGGAGUCGAGGCCAUGGACGAGGGCGAAUGGAAAUGUGUGGCAACGAGCUUGGAAAACAUGAAGCAAUUCACAACCUGCCACGUGGCUAUGUCCAUUCCGAAAAACUACAGAAUGCCACGUUUCAUGGAAAGCUUGAAAGCUGUUUUAACCGAAGAGGGGCUGGUCUCGUUCGAGUGCAAGGUCGUUGGCUUCCCAACUCCUUUGCUCAGGUGGUUCAAGGAUGGACAGGAGCUUCAUCCAGGCGACGUUUAUCAGCUCACUGGUACCAAUUCUCUAGGUUCCUACUGUUGCAUCGCGAGGAACUGCAUGGGCGAGGCCAAAAGCAUAGCCGAGUUGACGGUCGAAGACAUUCAAAAUCAGUUGAACGAUGAGGAGCGCAUGCAGCUGAUGAGCUCUAACCAAGCCCCGAAGUUCGUAAAAGGCUUGAGGAGUUGCGAGGCGAGGAUAAACGAAGAUUUCACAUUCACGAUACAAGUGAGCGUCUCGCCGGAGCCCAGUUUGUCGUGGUAUCGCGACGACGUUGCUAUCAUCGAGAGCGAAAAAUAUCGUCUAGCGAAGGAAGCACUCGGCACGUGUAACCUCGAAGUGAAGAAGCUCGAAUUCAUGGAUCAGGCGGAGUGGAAAUGUGUGGCUGCGAAUGACUUUGGCCACAGCGUAACGUCCUGUUUUCUCAAGCUCAUUAUACCGAAACACUUCAAGAAACCAAAAUUCCUCGAGAGCCUCAGAGCCAUCCUGUCGGAAGAGGGGGCAGUCAAUCUCGAGUGCAAAGUGAUCGGCGUGCCCCAGCCGAUUUUGAAAUGGUACAAAGAUGGAGUCGAACUUAAACCUGGCGACAUACACAGAAUAAUAUCAGGCCAGGAUGGAACUUGCUGUUUGGGCACGUACACUUGCGAAGCAACCAAUUGCAUGGGUUCGGUCUCCAGCUCCGCUUCGCUCCUGGGCUUCGAGGAUCGCGUCUCCGUGCGCAAGGAAGAAGCCAAAGAGCCACCCACGCCCCUUCACGAGCUGGCACGAAAUUUGUCGCUCUCGACCAUCCACGAGGAAAGAACUUCGCAGCUGUACGACACUCCGCAGACCGAUCACUCGAUCACGAUGGACGAUCGUGGCGAAGUCUCGUUCAGCUUCGAUGGCAAAGAGGUCUCCGUUAGCCUCUACGAAACGCCCGACUUGACGGAGGAGGAAGCGUUGCAAAUUGUCGAAAUGUACGCCGAUCAACUGUCCGAACACAUAACCGAGGGCAAUAUUAUCGAGCUGCCACCAAUGAGGUUCACGAAAGAAACCUCGACGACCGGAAAUCUGUUGAUGGAAGCCGUCGUUAUCGACGUUUCCCCGGAUUACUUCGUUCCCGAUGAGGAAGGCGACGAUUUGCGGACGGAAGCAGACGUCGAGGACGUUUCCAUAAUGGACGACCAAAUGCAGAGCCUUCGAUCUUCCUCGUUCGCCGGUGACGUCCAGAGUGAUCGCGUGCCCUCCGGUUCUCCACCUUCCCGGCCACCCCGGCGGAAAGAGAGUCGAGAAAGUUUCUCCUCCCGCAGCGAAAGGAGCGAGAAAAGUUUGCCCAAAGGGUUCGACUGGUCGGAGAGUUACCACAGCGCCAAGGAGCCUUCGAUCCAGGCACAGUCUCUCCAAGGUCAAGACGACAGUGCGGAGGCCUUCACCGACGCCCUCUCGUCCUCCGGAGCAGGACGAUCCAGGGCAGAGGAAUCGAGAGACAUUUACGCCUCGUUCGUCGAACAGACCAUCGAGAAAUUAUCCUUCGACGAAACCACCGCGGAUAUUUCGAAUAAGCAAGACCUCAACGCGGAAGGCGCCACAGCAACCCAAAUUGGAGAAUCUUUCGUGGAGGAAAUUCCGAUAAAACGAAAAAAGAGGAAAGGCAAAGCAUCGAGAACGCCGAGUCUCUCAUCCAAAGCCAGUUCCGAAGAAUCUUAUUCUAUGGAGGUUGAUGAAAGAGGGAAGAGAAGAUCGAGCAAGAGUGGCAAAGGCCGGGACCGAAGGGGCAGCGCCAGCAGCAACAAAAGUGGCAAAGGCCGCUCGAGCAGAAGCGGAAGCGAAAGUGGAAAGUUCGAAUCAGCCGUUUCUGCGGAUUUGCGAAGGAGAGAAUCCGACGCUACGAUCAUGGUUGACGACGUCAGGAUCGAGCAGAUCGAAGAAAUGGCUUUUAUCGAGUCCGGGGAAAGAAUUGAGCCCGAUUACCUCAGAGAAAAUGAAAGACUCGAGGAGCAACAAACUUUACAAAGAACGGAGGUCACCGCGCACGAAGCUGACAGCUCGACAUUGAAGUCCAACAAGGAAAGGUUGCUGGAGAGCGUCUACAAGCUCUCCGAACCCGUCAUGAGCCUCAGGGAUAAUCUCGUCAACUUGGACACUCUUUUGCCUCUCUUCCAGCCUCAGGAGAGUUCAGCUGACGCAGAAAGAACGCAGAAUGAAAUAACCGAAAAAAUUGUCUUGCCGGUUGAGAGUCUCUGCGAACAAGUUUCCGAAAUAGAGACCAAAGCGUUGAAGUCAGCCGGCGACAGAUCCCUCGCACAAAGUGUUCGGAUUUCAUUGCUCGAAGCGAUCGGUGGGCCUACCGAAGAGCUUCUUCGUGGCAUCGAACUGAUAAGACGUCAAAGCGGUCCGUACGAUCCAAAAUCGAAUUUGAUAGUAUUGGAAUCGCUAACCGACCCGGUUGACGAAAUUUUAGUGGGUCUGACUCGAAUUGAGAAAGAGCUGACUUCGAGGGAAGGUGCAGAAUCAGCUUUACUGCAGACGGAGAAGCCGAUAGCGCUCGAGCGAAUGUCUCGAGGAGUAUCACGGCUGGGCGAAAACGUAGUUGAAAUAGUGGAGCGGAAGGUCCUAUUCGGAGACGAAUCCACGAGUCUUUCGGUGAUCGAGAGACUGCAGUCGGUUCAUCAGAGUCUCGAGGCUUUUCUGAGCACGAUCCCGUUGAGCGAGGCGACCGGAGCCCUUGAGAACAACGUCGACACUCUCGUGGUCGAAACGCUGGUCCGUCCUGUGGAGGAAUUGUCCCGGAAUCUCAACUCCUUCGGAGCGUCGAAUGCCACGUCGCAGACGUACGAAGAAAAGGCUUUGGUGGAUCUGGAAAAAUCAAUGAUUGAGAUGCGAACGAGAUUAGAAGCGUUGACACUCGCGCUGGAAACUUACGAGAGAGAAUCUGGGGAACGAGGGAUCACGGAGCUGCACGCUGAUUUGGUCAAGUUCCUCAGAUACACGAUGGACGACGCUGUCGAGCGCUUGGAGAAGCUGAAGGUCAAGAAAAGACGCGUGACCCAGGAAAUCGCCAAGAAGGAAUCCGCAGAACUCUCGACCGUGGAAGAACGAUCUGCCGAGAGUACGGUAGAGUCUUCAGAGCCUGAAGAAACGAACGUUCUCCAAGAGCUGGUGAAAAAUACGUUGGCAGUGAUGGAGACGGUCACCGUUCCGUCAAUCGCAGAGGCCCAAAUCGCGGAAACCCACUCGCUCGAGAGCAGCCGCCUUCCCCUAGAAAUAAUCGAAGAAAAGUCGAGUACAGAAACCGAAGAAACUCCAGCGACAAGUAUAGAAAAGAAAAAAAAAGAUUCCCCGGGAGAGAAAAAAGUUCAGCAAGUCCCGGAGCUCGAUACGGAUUUGAGUCUUCCGGAAAUGUUGCUCGAUCCGCUCAUAGACGUGCAGGCUAACCUGAGUGACGUCAUAAGCGAUUUCGAGUCCCAGGAGAGCGCCGAAGAAUCUUCGCUCCCGGGCAGCAGUGAACUGGCCGCUUGUUUGCUGGAACUACGAGAAUCCGUCGCGACAGCAGCGCACACGGCGACGACGCUCAAGUCAGCGAGCACAGUCGACGCUCUCGUCGAUCUGCGAGAGCCUCUGCUGGAUCUGCAGCUCGCCAUGACGACAGCAGUCUCGCCCGGUGAGGUCAAGCUCAUUCGAGAAGCCACGGCACCCCUGACCGAGCUCAAGGUCAUCGUGGCUGCAGCCAUCGAUUCGGCUCAGACAUCGGAAGCUUCGCGGGUUCAAAUGAAAUCCGUUUUACGCAUGUUGGAGGACAUUGAGGCGGAAGUAUCGAAAGUUGAGACCCCAGCGGUCGUUCCCGAAGCUUCGGUGAGCCUGGAGAUACCUGAAGUCAAGGUUGUUCCGACGAGACCACCAGAAGCGGUUGAGAAAGCAGCCAUAGCACUGACAGGCGUCCAUUUCGCACUCUCCACAGUCCUCGAACGCAUAACACUUGCCCGAAACGAAAGUGAGGAUUCCGCGACUGCACGUCAAGUGGCCGAGCGUACCGGGCGUUCGCACCUCAUCUCGAGCAUCGAGGAGCUCCGUCAGAGCGUUGGCAAUCUUGCCGUAGCUGUCGGGAGUCCGGUAGUUUUUAAGGCAAACGACGAUCAAUACAACAACGAAAUCUUCUUCGACGAACUGUCGAAGCUCGAGGAGCCCCUUUUGAAUCUUCAGAAAGUCCUCUUGACCGAACGACACGACCCUGACGAUCGCCACGUUUUGAACGACGUGGCUGCUCCUAUUAGAAACUUGAAGGAAGUCGUCCAAAAUGCAACGAAAGAGAUCGGAAGCGGACCAGCUCCAGUUGUUUUGGAACUCAUUGAAGACGUCGAGAAGGACGUAACGCUGAUCGCUAUGGAAGCUCUGAAAAAAGCACUCGCAGCCAAAUCCGAAAGCUCCGAGGACGAUGGCCGAGCCUCUAUAAGUUCCUCGUCCAAGCCAGGAGAAGUUCCAGCAAUUAUUUCCAUGUGGCUCGAUCCCAUCGAGGAUUGGUUGACCUCCACUGCCGAAGAAAGCGUUGAAAUCGAAGAGGAUUAUCCUGAAAAAUCCACCAUCGUUCCCGUCAUCGACGAUUUCAAGAGGGAAUUAUUGAAAAUUGCUAUUCAAACCUCCUACUCGGAGCCACCCAGUGACGCAGCUCUCAUCGAAUCUCUCACCGAGCUUCAAGAGCCUCUCGCCAGAGUCUGCGCCGUUCUCACCGAGUGCCACGAGCCAGAAAGUCUCGAGAUCGUCGAAGGCCUGGUCCAGCCGACGAGGCAUCUUCUGGGCACGAUUCUCGAUGCAUCCUUGAUUCACGAAGCUGCUCGAGUUCUGCGUCCCGUAAUGGAAGCCAUCGAGGAACUAGAAAAUCAAAUACCGUUGACCAUCAAGAGAAUCAACUACGAGAAAGCGCUCCAGAGAGUCGUCCGGUCGAUGACCCCUGAAGAACCCAAGACCCUCGUCGCUGAUGAUCUCCCUGAAAUGCUCGCAGGAGUUUCCGGUCAGGCAGACAUCGCCGAGGAAUCUAAAGUGCCGGAAACGGCGGUCGCGACUCUCCAGCAAUCUUCAACCGACGCUGUUGCAGUAGAAAACCAAGUCGAACAACUUCUCGAAAAUGUUUCUGAAGAUUCUCCACCCCUGGAGCACAAAAUCGAGGCCGUAGAACUCGUGCAACCGCCAGAAGAAUCCGUUCAAACGAAUCAGGUGGUUGUCAAGGUGGAUGAAGCUACGAAGGCAUCGGAGCAGGAAACUGAGCACCAGGAACCUUCGAAAGCAGAAGAGGCUUCGAGACAAACUGACGGCAUUGAAACUCGAGCAAUCGGGCAAACGGAAAUUCCAACUAAACCGGCAGAAGCGAAAAAAUUGGAAAAUUUACAAAACUUACGAUCUGACACUGUCGAGCUCAUAACCGUUGACAAUCGACCAUUCUCGGAAACGAUAACUCAGAUGGAAGCAGCGCAGAGUGGGAAAGUUUCCACUUCGGAGACGUCACGUGCCGAUCAACUGGACCUGUGGACAUUGACACUGCUCGGGCCUCUGGAUCGACUGGGAAACGCAGUUUUAUCUCUGGACCGUUCGAUCGACGAAUUGGCCCACGGUUUGCUGUGCCGGCCCUUGGAUUCUCUCCACAAGCAAAUCGAGAUCGCUGAAUCACAGUUCAACCGGCCGGUCGGUCAAUCCCUGGAGAACGACGUCGAGACCAUAAUCGAAGGUUUCCUAUCACCAGUAAAUCAACUCCAUUCGGCCCUGAGUGCGGCCGUUCGCGUCUGGAAUGAUGAGCAGCCGAGGAUCGUCGUGCGUGACCUUCUGCGCUCGAUCGCUGACUCCUCCACCGAGCUGUGCGGGUUAUUGGACUCGUUGCGAGAAAAACUGAUCGUGCAGAAGGCCGAGCAAACCCUGCAGGCCCAGCAGGAAGAUGCGUCACUCGUAGAGACCAUAAACGCUGUCGUCGCACCCUUGGAAGACGUCAGAAAUCUCAUCGAGGACGCUCUCAAGAGUCUCGCUUUUGCAGAUUCCAGCGAGAAACCUGAGGACGAUCAUUCCGCACAUGAACAAACGAAAAAAGAAAAUGAAGCUGUGCUGAGCUUGGUUGAGGGCGAAACGAGCAAGGAAAUUGUUGAUUCACGCGCCGAAUCGUUGGAAGGGAAGGCGAGUGUCGAAGACGCGCCGAAGGCUUCGGUGAGCCAAGCGCAAACGUCGAUGGACAUUGAGACGGAGGAUAUUUUGGCAACUGAGGAGCUGGAAAAAGUUUUUGAACGACAAGAAAAAUUGGGUGAACUCGAGCAAGCCAGCGAGAGCGUCGAAACUUCGGUCACAGAUCGAGCUGCUACGUCGCAACCGGAAACUAUCACUAAGGUGAAAAAAGGGAUCAAGGGCAAGGAAGAUUCAAUGGACAUUGAAGAAACGACGGCGAAACCCCUCGAAGAACUCAUCGAAGCGAUCGUCGAUUCGUCGGUUGCACCGAGGCACACUUCAUCGUCGCCGGAAGACUACCAAUCCAUCUCACCGGAUGUUUCUGAAGAAGCCGUGCCUCGAAGCGCUGAUAUUGAAAGUGCAGCGGCAACCGCGAAGCAGAAAGAACAAGCAGAGCUUCUCGGUAAAGAAAUUAUCUCCAAAGAAGAAAUCACUGCAGGAGCUGCAAUCGGAGAAACCGCUCGACAAGCCGUCACCGAAAUUUUGGCCGUCGCCGCCGGAGUCGCGGAGGUCUCUGAAUCCAAAUUACAAAUCCUUAAGGAAGCGGCCAUCGCUGAAGAUGAAAAUCGUGGAGAAAGCUUGGGACACGUUGCCAAGGAGGAUUUGCCUCCGGAAAAAGCGACGUUGCUUCCUGGAGAAAGUCUCGCGACCGCUGAAAGUGAACAACUUAAGAGCUUGAAGCUCGAGGUUCCCGGGGUCUCUGAAGCGAACGUUCCUGAAGAAGGCGUCGGUGAGAUGGUCACCGAGCGAUCUGCGGAGGAGAAAGCUCGGCUAUCGGAGAUCGAAAGCUUGGCCGAAGCGGGCUUGACCGAAGCCCCGGAAACGAGGAUCAAAACGGUGGACGCCGCUUCGUCACAGUUCGAAAUUGCUGAGGAGAGUUUCCAGGAACUUUCGUCCGAGAAGCUGGAACAACGAAAGGCUGAAAUUAGUCACAGCGAAGAACUAGCUCAAGCUGGAAUCGUAGAAGGUCCCGAGAUGCUGGCUAAGGCGAGAGAUGCGAAAACAUCGCAACUGACAACGGAAAGUCUCGAGGAAAAUUUGGAAGAAAUUCUCGUUGGAAAAAUGGGAGAAGAAAAAGCUCAAGUUCGGCAUGAAGAAAGUUUGGCUAGAGCCGCAGUCACAGACGCACCGGACAAGAAAAUCGAACCGAGGGAGGCUGAAUCGUCAGAAGUGGAAUUGGAAACCACUGCGGAGCAUCGGCACGCAGAAAACCUGGAGGAACAUCGCGCCGAAAUUCGAGACAGUGAAAUUCUGGCCACAGCCGUCAAAACGGAAGCUGCUGAAACUAGAUUGAAAGAAACUUCUCAAUUUGCUGACACUUUGGAGGAAAGUGUGCAAGAAUUAGUUGUAGAAAGGUCAGAAAAGCGAACUGCUGAAUCGAGCCAAACCGGAGGUCUUCGGACAGCACGAAUCGAUGCACCAGAGACGAUGCAAACCGCGGGGAUUGGUACGCCGGAAAUGAUGGAAGAGCGUCUCGAAGAAAUAAUCUCUGAAGGACCCUCGCUUCAAGAGGCGAAUAUUUCCGUCGAAGAAUUACGUCACAAAGCUCGAGUAGCCGAAAUCGAAGCAGCCAAAGUCGCGAAAUUGAGGGAGGAAGAUACGAUCGAACCCGAGAAAUCAACGAUCGUUGAAAUCGUCGAAACGCCCACACAAAAAAUCUUCAAGAUUAAAAGAGCAGCGGCGGCUGACGAAGAGCCUCAGAUCGAGGAAAAAAUCGUCGUUAAACCCGUUGAAGAUGUGGUCGCCAUGGAAGAGCAAAACAUCGUCGAGGUCGUUGAGACGCCCACCGAAAAAGUGAUAAAACUGAAAAUCCCUCGAGAAGGCAAGGACGGCAUCGCUGAAGAAGUCUUCGAAGAAAUCGUCCUCAAGAAACCAGUCGAAGGAUGGGCCAAGAGUCUCGUGGAAGAGGAACGACUAGCGUUAUCGGUCUCCGAAGCCAAAGUCCAGGAAUUUGUAGCUGCCAAUGUUUCGUCUGAAAAAACGAAAGAAAAUCUUGACGGUGAAGAAAUCGAAAUUGACGAUGGCAAAGAGCAGUUGAAAGAGCGAAUAGAUGAAGAGGCCCGAGGAGGGGAGUCAAAGACUGCGAGUAAAGAAGAGGCUGAAAUUUCGCUCAAGGAAGAAACCCAGAAACUGGAAGAAGAAACAUUCAAACGCGAAGAAUGUGAACGUCUCAGGGUCGAGGAGGAGGAAAAACAACGCGAGGUGCUGGCUGAGAAAAUGAAGAAGGAAGAAAUUGAGGCUCAAGAAAAAAUGAGAGAAGAUGAAGAAAAAUUAAAACAAGAACAGUUACGAAAAGAGGAAGCUGAGAAACUGAAAAGAGAAGAAGAAGAAGAAGAAGCAAAACUGCGGCAGGAGGAGGCUGAGAGAGUGGAACAGAUGGAGCGAGAACGGCAGGAAAAAGAAAAGGAAGAAGCUGAGCGUAGGAAAAGAGAAGAAGAAAGAGUCAGGGAAGAGGAAGAAACUGCAAGACUCGAAAAAGAGAAACUGGAACGUGAAGAAAGAGAAGAACGAGAACGACUCGAAAGAGAAGCGGAAGAUAAAUGUCGGAGGGAAGAAGCAGAGCGAGAAGAAGCUGAGAGGCUGAAGAAAGAGGAAGCCGAAAGGAUUCGAAGAGAAGAGGAGGAGGAGGAGAGAAGAGAGAAAGAAAGAGCUGAACAAAUCCAACGGGACGAAGAAGAGAGACUGAGGAGACAAGAAAUCGAGCGGAUGGAAAGAGAAGAGGAGGAGAGAAGAGAGAGAGAAAAAGCGGAAGAAAUUCAACGGGAAGAAGAGGAGAGACUGAAGAAUCAAGAAAUUGAACGAAUACAAAAAGAAGAGAAAGAAAGAAUGGAAAGGGAAGAAGCUGAACGAAUCCAGAAGGAGGAAGAGGAGAGACUGAGGGAAGAAGAAUUGGAACGCGAACGAAUGGAAGCGGAAAAACUGAGGAAGGAAGAAGCCGAGCGUUUGGAAAAAGAAGAAUUAGAGCGGAAGAAACGAGAGGCUGAAAGAUUGAAACGAGAAGAGUUGGAACGCGUGGAAAUGGAAGAGGAACGAAUCCGAAAGGAAGAAGCGGAGAGAUUGGAUAAGGAAAAAUUAGAACGGGAGAAGCAGGAAGCUGAGAAAUUGAAACAAGCGGAAUUGGAACGUGAGAGGCAAGAAGAAGAACGGCUGAAGAAAGAAGAAGCUGAGCGGUUGGAGAGAGAAGAAACAGCUAAAUUGGAACGGCAAAAACAGGAGGAAGAACGAGUGAGGAAAGAGGAAGCGGAACGAUUGGAACGGGAGAAGCAGGAAGCGGAAAGAUCGAAGAAAGAAGAAUUGGAACGCGCGAAGAAAGAAGAGGAAGAACGACUCGAGAAAGAGGAAAGGGAAAAAUUAGAACGAGAAAAACUAGAAGCAGAAAGGCAAGAAGAAAAGGAGCGAGCGAAGAAAGAAGAGGAAGAACGAAUCAAGAAAGAGGAAGCAGCGAAAUUAGAACGAGAAAAACAAGAAGCAGAAAGGCUGAAGCAAGAAGAAAAGGAGCGAGCGAAGAAAGAAGAGGAAGAACGAAUCGAAAAAGAGGAAGCAGCGAAAAGAGAAGAGGAAGAACGAAUCAAGAAAGAGGAAGCAGCGAAAAGAGAAGAGGAAGAACGAAUCAAGAAAGAGGAAGCAGCGAAAUUAGAACGAGAAAAACAAGAAGCAGAAAGGUUGAAGCAAGAAGAAAGGGAGCGAGCGAAAAGAGAAGAGGAAGAACGAAUCAAGAAAGAGGAAGCAGCGAAAUUAGAACGAGAAAAACGAGAAGCGGAAAAAUUAGAACGGGAAAAACAAGAAGCGGAAAGAUUGAAGCAAGAAGAAGUAGAACGCGCGAAGAAAGAAGAGGAAGAACGACUGAAGAAAGAAGAAGCAGCAAAAUUGGAACGGGAGAGGCAAGAGGCAGAAAGAUUGAAGCAAGAAGAAUUAGAACGCGCGAAAAAAGAGGAGGAAGAACGUCUCAAAAAGGAAGAAGCAGCAAAAUUGGAACGGGAGAGGCAAGAGGCAGAAAGAUUGAAGCAAGAAGAAUUAGAACGCGCGAAGAAAGAGGAGGAAGAACGUCUCAAAAAGGAAGAAGCAGCAAAAUUGGAACGGGAGAGGCAAGAGGCAGAAAGAUUGAAGCAGGAAGAGUUAGAGCACGCAAGAAAAGAAGAGGAAAAACGACUGAAGAAAGAGGAAGCGGCUAAAUUGGAGCGGGAGAAACAGGAGGCAGAAAAAUUGGAGCGAGAAGAAUUAGAGCGCGCGAAAAAAGAAGAGGAAGAUCGACUGAAGAAAGAAGAAGCAGCAAAAUUGGAGCGGGAGAGGCAAGAGGCAGAACGAUUGAAGCAGGAAGAGUUAGAGCGCGCAAGAAAAGAAGAGGAAGAACGACUGAAGAAAGAGGAAGCGGCUAAAUUGGAGCGGGAGAAACAGGAGGCGAAAAAAUUGGAGCGUGCGAAGAAAGAGGAGGAAGAACGACUGAAGAAAGAGGAAGCUGCUAAGUUGGAGCGGGAGAAGCAGGAGGCAGAAAAAUUGAAACAAGAAGAAUUAGAGCGUGCGAAGAAAGAAGAGGAAGAACGCCUUAAGAAAGAAGAGGCAGCAAAGUUGGAAAGGGAGAAACAAGAGGCGGAAAGAUCGAAACAGGAAGAAUUGGAGCGUGCGAAGAAAGAAGAGGAAGAGCGUCUCAAGAAAGAAGAGUCAGAAAAAAUCAAGAAAGAAGAAGAAAAACUGGAACGAGAAAAACAAGAGGCUGAACGACUGAGAAAAGAAAGAGCCGAACGCGUGAAGAGGGAAGAGGAAGAGCGACUGAAAAAAGACGAAGUAGAAAAGUUGGAGAAAGAAAGGCUCAGGAAAGAAGAACUGGAACGUGCGAAAAAAGACGAGGAGGCUAAGCUUGAGAAAGAGAAAACGGAAAAAGGAAAACAAGAGGCUGAACGUCGAGAGAAAGAAAAAGCAGCGAAACUGGAAAAAGAUAAAGAAAUCGAACGUCAGAAACAAGAAGAAGAUAAACUCCAAAAGGAAAAAUUAGAAAAGGAAAGAGAAACGGAACGAUUGAAGUUGGAGGAAGAAAAAGCGAAGAAAGCUGAAGCCGAAAGUCAGAAGAUUCGAGAAUCGCAGCAACUUGAGGAGAAGAAAGAAGCUGAAAAAUUGAAAAACGAGGGACUCGAACAGCAGCGGAAAGGAACGGCCGAGGCAACACAAGAUAGUAAAAUCCCCGAAGAAGACGACCGAGUCGAGAAGCCUCGAAAGAGCUCGAGAAAAGGAAGUACCGAAGACGAUGUUAAGGAGCUGAAGAAAAAAGACUCCAAAGAAGGAUCCCGACGCGGAUCCAAGAAAGAAGACUCCACGGAGGAUGCUCCGGAAUUGCAGAAAAAAUACUCCGAGGAAGGAUCUCGACGAGGUUCAAAAAAAGAAGAUCCCAAAGACGAAGUAAAGGGAAUUAAAAAAUCGGACUCCCCGGCAGGAUCCCGGCGAGGAUCGAAAAAAGUAGACUCCAAAGAUGAUGUUAAAGGAUUAAAGAAAAAAGACUCCACCGAAGGAUCUCGGCGGGGAUCGAAGAAGGAAGACUCCACUGAAGAUGUUAAGGUACUCAAGAAGAGAAGUUCCGAAGACGGAUCUCGACGAAGCUCAAAGAAAGAAGACUCCAAAGACGCUGUUGAGGGACUCAAGAAAGAAGAGGGCGAAGGCAAGCGCUUGAAGAAAAAAGAUUCUAUCGGAGAUGGAAAACGUCUGAAGAAGAAAGACUCCACUGAAGGAUCUCGGCGAGGAUCGGAAAAAGAAGACACCCAAGAAGACAUUAAGGAAUCGAAAAAAGAAGAGUCCACCGAGGUACCUCGACGAGGAUCGAAAGUAGAAGAUUCGAAAGAUGUUACAGGGCUGAAGAAAGAAGACACAACAGAAAAGUCUCGAAGAACCUCGACCAAAGAUGGCCCCAAGGAUGACAUUAAGACGAAAGAUUCAAAGGACGAAGCUAAGGAAUUAAUAAAACAGGAUUCGAACGAAGGAUCUCGAGAAUCGAAAAAAGAAAAAUCCAAGGACGAAGUUAAGGGAUUGAGUCGGGAGGACUCGAAAGAGGAGCCUCGAAAAGUCUCGAAAAAAGGAGACUCAAAAUAUGAAGAAAAGCGCUCCCAGAAGCAGGACUCUGAAGAACUUGUUGAAGCCCCGCACAAACAAGAGUCCAUCGAUGGAAAAAGGCGUCGUUCGAGAAUCACUUCGGACGAAGCUCUUACCAAUAAAGAAAAUCUCCCGCAAGCGGCAUCGUUGAAACAGGAGGAAGACGAAGACGAAAAAACCCCGAUGAAUUCCGAGCAAGAGAUCAGAGUCAGAAAGCACGAGGUUCGCAUGGACCAGGAGGUUCCCUCAGAUCAUGAGCUACCCUCGAGUUCGACGAUCCGUACAGACUCCGAGAUGGAUUCCGAAUACUCGGAAUCUUCCAAGUCAGCGGUAUCGCGAGAUCAAGGCUUGCCUCCCAAGACUCGAAGGAGACGAAGUGCUCAGCAGCCAGCGAUCGAAGUCGAUCAAGAGCGAUCCAAAGAGCGUUUGGAUAAUCGGGAAACGGAUCGGCCAAUCUCGAGCAGAACACGAGACGAAACUUUCUCCUCCGAUGACAAACGCUACACGCCUCACUAUUCAUCGACCAGUAGAAUCCACGAGUUCACACCUGGGCCCAGGGAUCGUGGCAAGAGACCCUCAUUCUGCACCAAACUGACAGACAGAACAGCAGCCGAAGGAUCAAGAAUAAAACUCACUUGCACAGUCCUCGGAGACCCAGAACCCCUGGUCUAUUGGACCAAGGAUGGCAAGGAGUUGCCCACCUCCAGCAACCGCCAUUGCACUAUCGAAGAGUAUGGAAUGGCCUCGUUGGAGCUGUACGCAGCUUUGCCCAAAGAUUCCGGCGAAUAUUCCUGCGUUGCGAGAAACGUUCACGGACAGGCCUACACAGAGGCUAAACUCAAAGUCUAUCCUGGAUAUGAGCCCCUGCCUGCCCGGCCAACUUUUACACGAUCGAUCAAAGACACCUAUAACCCUACCGAAAACGAGUUGGUUUUGGAGUGCAGAGUCCGAGGUCAGCCCAGUCCGAAGAUAACUUGGCUGAAGGAUGGUCAAGUCCUCGAAAUAGUGGACCGUUACCAGCAGUGUGACCUCGGUGAUGGUAUUUGUCGUCUGAAGAUUUCGAGGCCUGAUUUUUAUGACGGUGGAUUGUACACCUGCAGGGCUGAGAAUGACUCGAAGGUCGGUGACUGCACCUCGCAUGUCGUUAACUUCGAUGGAAAAGAUCAUGCAGUUGGGUGGCGAGGAAGCUAUCGGAAUCUAACGAGUUCGGAAAGAGACACUGGGAGACCAAGAUUUUCCAGUCAUCUCACUGACCACAGCGUCCCAGCUGGAGGGACGAUCGCUCUGCAGGUUGAAGUAAAAGGAGUUCCGCAACCGGACAUAACUUGGAUGCGCGGUGACAAACGAGAGCCGAUAUCCGCUUACAAAGCUCGCACGUUCGCCGACGCCGGUGUUUAUACGCUCAUCGUCCCGGAAGCGACGGAGUCCGAGACCGGAACUUACGUAUGUCGGGCCAGCAACGCAUACGGCUACGUUGACACUGCGGCGAACGUCGAAGUGGUACCGUCGAGUUCGAGCGAAGGUGGAAAACCUGCGAUGUUCGUAUCACGACCUGCUGAGAAUCUCAUUUACGUAACCUCCGGGGAAGACGUCAGUGUCUCAUUCCGGGUUAAUGGAGUUCCCAAACCACGAAUUGUCUGGAUGAAAGGUCUUCGCGACAUAACGAACGGGCCGAGAUCGUACAAGGAAUCGAGCGACGACUACGUGCGCCUAACUCUGAAGCGUGCUGCAAUCGAGGACGAGGGAACGUAUUGCAUAAUGGCGAAAAAUCGUUAUGGCUGCGACCGAACUUUUUACACAGUAAAGGUUAAACAACGAGCAAGAUCACUGACACCGUCGCACGACUGGGCCACCGUCGACACCGACAACCUGUUGACAAAUAUUCACGACACCGAGAGAUCUUACCUCAAACAAGUACCGGGACCGAUUACGAGUGAGCCGGUGGUCGUAGAUGGAGGGCGAAACUGGUUGGCCCUGAGCUGGGGAAAGGCGGUCCAACAUGGUCCAGCUCCGGUCGUCGCUUACAGGGUUGACGCCUGGCUUCUGGGUGGCGAAGGAGGAGCUCGUUGGGCCGAGCUUGGAAUAACGCCCGUCAACGCGUUCGACGCCUUCAAUUUACGACCUGGUGGCGAAUACAAGUUUCGAAUAACACCGCGAAAUCGUUACGGAUGGGGCGAAGCCCUGACGAUGACGAGCUCCGUCACCGUGCAAGAGAUCGUCAAAUUUCCUGAAUUCACUAAAAUCUUACCUGGCCAACUAAAAGCUCUGCGCAGUGAACUCCUCCAUCUCGAAUGCGAAGUUCGAAGCGAAUCGAAAGCCGAGGUCAAAUGGUACAGAGACACUACCGACGUCGAUUCCUUACAAGACCCCAGAUACAUGACUCAUUACAAUGGCUCUAAAUGCACUAUGACUAUACAAUCGAUCAAGGAAAAUGACUCCGGAAGAUACGUCUGCGAAGCGACGAAUCCUGCUGGACGGGUUUCCACCUUUGCCAGAGUCCAAGUCGUCACAGAUCCAAAAAUUGUCGAAGCUGAUGAAAAAUUACGCAAAAUGAGAACCCUGGAAACGAGCAACGAGGAGCGACCACCCGAAUUCACCAUGAGACUCCGAGACAGAAGAGUACAAAUGACUUAUCCAGUGAGACUCACGUGUCAAGUAUCAGGGCAUCCAGAACCAGAAGUGACUUGGUACAAAAACCGUGAAGAAAUAUUCCCAGAUGAUAACGUUACCUUCUGGGACGACGAGUCGCAUUUCCACACCCUCGAGAUAAGUCACUCGAACGUCGAAGAUUCGGGUAUUUACAUGGCGAAGGCUCGUAAUUUUAACGGUUCAGUAUCCUGCCGCUGUCAUUUGGUCGUCGACAAGGGAAUCCGUGCCUACGUGGCGCCAGAGUUCCUGCGUUUCCUCGACGCCGUUUACACGGUGAAAUCGGGUGGAGAACUGCGAUUGACGGCGCAAAUAGAAGCGUAUCCAACAGUUGGGAUUGUCUGGCAUCGGGACGGGCAUCGAUUACGUCCGAGCAGAAGUACCGUCAUGACAUUGAAUCACGAUGGCAGCGUUGAGCUCUCGUUGGCACACGUGACCCCUCGAGACGCAGGGCUCUACUGCUGCACAGCUACGAACGAGGUGGGACAGACCGAGAGCACCACGAGAGUAACUGUAGUCGGUUCAACCGACGAAGAAAUAUCGAGCAUAAGUCAGUCGUUACCGGACGUUGUCGAGUCACUGGAUGUACCAUACUCGAAAGAACCACUUUUCGUGACGAAACCACUUUCUACCGAAGCGGUUGAGGGCGACACGGUCAUAAUACUGUGCGAGGUGGUCGGUGAUCCCAAGCCGGAAGUCAUUUGGCUCCGAGACUUUUUGAGGCCGGAUUACUACAGGGACGCUGCUCACUUCCGAAGAGUCGGUGCCGGGCCGCAGUAUCGGCUCGAAAUUCCCUACGCCAAACUCGACUUCACCGGGGCUUACACCGUUAUCGCUAAAAACUGUCAUGGCGAAGCGAAAGCUAUAAUCUCUCUGCAAAUCUAUGCCCGGGGACAAGGCAAGAGCGACAGUAGCAUGGAGCACACUUCGGUCAAGCACGGCAAGGUGCAAACUCUCCCGAGCAUCAAACGGCCGCUGCGAGAUCUCCGAUGCUGUGACGGGGACGCGGUCACUCUCAUCUGCAGGGUUUACGCGACACCGGAACCGGACGUUCGAUGGGAGAAAUCUGGAAAGUUACUCCCUCUCGGAGAUGAUUUCGUAGCUGAUUUCGACGGUGAGACAGCUCGCUUGAGUAUUCAGCACGUUUAUCCCGAGGACGAGGGUGAAUACACGUGCGUCGCUUACAACGAUCUCGGGAAAGCUUUCACCUCCGCUUGUUUGAUCGUCGAUGUCCCGGAGGGAAAAGAAAGUGCACUGAGUCGAAGACUCAUACGACCUAUUGGCCUCCUCUCCGCCGAAUCGACGCCCAUUUCGACCCCGAGAUCAACGCCCAUUCGCAGCUUAUCGCCUGCCUGUGUCCCCAGUCGUCGCGAGCUGAAGCCAGCAGUGAGAACGCCGCGCGGUCAAUCGAUCGCCCGACGACCGAGACUCCCGAUUGGUCCCAAGUUCUACGCAGUCCCGCACAAUCGGGUCGCCGAAGAGGGUGAAACCGUAAGAUUCCAGUGCGCUAUCGCCGGCCAUCCAACUCCGUGGGUGACCUGGGACAAAGACGGGAUUCCUGUCACGCCAACCACCCGGAUAACUCUCAAGGAAAAGGACGAUGUCAGGAUACUCGAGAUCACUGAAAUCAAUCACGAGGACGCUGGACUUUAUAGAAUCACGCUGGAAAAUGACGUUGGAAGAACGGAAGCUACUGCCAGGCUCGAAAUUAUCAAAGGGCGUCAUGGCUCCCUCCCAAGGACGAUUCGAACGAGGAGUGCCUCGCCGAGAACUUAUUCGAUUUACAGUAGAAGUCCAGUAACGAUGGCGGUGCGUGGUGACACUCAUCUUCGGCCGAGCAUUCACGACUCUGUGAGCGGACGAGGAGGAGCGUUGAGUCCGACAUUGCCGAGGUGGCAACACAGGAGCGGUAAACCUCCGACGGAGUCUCCGGAGCCGGCUCGACGAACGAACAAGCAGAGACGAGCGACGAGAAGCGGCGACCCGGCCGAGGGAGCGAAGCAGCCGAGUCCCAGGGUCCCGACGGCCCCGAAGCCUCGAAGUUCCUCCGUGCCGAGGGAGAACCGCACGAGAAUCCCCAUCAGUCCUGUCAACACGAAAAAAACGAGUAAAAAGCCUGUCCAAGGGGAAGCGCCCGCAGGGCAUGAUCGAUCGAAUGUAAACUCGAGAAAAACGACGACGACGAAUGGAUCGAUGAUCCCGAAGAGGCUCCCGAUUUCAAGGUCACGCUCACCCAACGCGGAACAGACUCCGGACAGUUGUUCGCGCAACGGUGAAAGUGCCAAGCUCCGGCACUCCCGGGCGGGGCACUUGGAGGUCACGCUGCAUGACGAAACCGUCGACAAGACGGCCCCGGACAGUCGCAGCCACGAACUUCUCCAAGCGGAAGUUGCGAAGAGCCUGCAAGUGUCGACCGCAUCGAAGAACGAAAGCGAGACGACGAGGAGCUCGCGCCUUCCCGUCGACGGUUCCAGGGAACCUCGAGCUCCGGUUAUCCUCGCAGCUCCAGCAGAUUUGCUCGCCCUGAGGGGCACCAAGGUCAUGCUGCUCGCGUCCUUCGACGGCGAGCCCCAGCCGCGGGUCCGAUGGUUGAGGAAGGGUCGGGAUGUGAGACACGACGAUAAAGCCGAAAUUGAAACGAGCCGCGGACUCACUUGUCUCACCUUGAAUGCUGUGACUACCGAACAAACCGGCAAAUAUGCCGUUACGUUGGAAAACAUCGCAGGGAGAGAUUGCCGAUACGUUAAUCUCACAGUCGAAGGCGUUCCUGACCCACCGGCCGGAACACCUUGCGUGCAAAGCAUAACGCGAUCGGGCAAAGCAAUCGUGACCUGGAGAUCGCCUUCUUACGACGGUGGCUGCGCUGUCACCGGUUACAGCGUCGAGAUGAAACGCUCCGAGGAGCCUUGCUGGAUCGCGAUUGCCGAAGCGCGUCACUCCCUCAGUCACACGGUCACCGGUCUCGAGCCUGAAAAUUCUUACAGCUUCCGUGUGAGGGCUGAAAAUGCUCAUGGGCUCAGCGAGCCGAGCGCGACUUCCGAGACUGUCACCGUACCUGGCGAAAACGACGAAGAAAUUGGCGGCCAAGUAUUCACUGCUGAGAUCAACCAAAUCGAGAUCGAGGAAGAGGAGGAAGAAUUCGAGCCAGCAUUCGAGGCCCGGGUCGUCAGCCCCGAGGAUGGAAGUCACUUCGAGGAGCGGUACGACAUAAAGGAAGAAUUGGGCAAGGGAAGAUACGGCGUUGUGAGGAGAAUCGUUGAAAAAUCCACGGGACUGAGUCUCGCGGCGAAAUUCGUUCGAACGAUCAAGGCCAAAGAUCGGCAGCAGGUACACGACGAAAUUGGCAUUAUGAACAGACUCAGGCACCCAAAACUGUUGCGUCUCGCCGCUGCUUUCGAAAAUCCCAAAGAAAUGAUCAUGGUCACGGAAUACAUUUCCGGUGGAGAGCUCUUCGAGAGAGUCGUUGCUGAUGAUUUUACCCUCACUGAAAAAGACAGCAUUCUGUUCGUCAAACAAAUAUGCGAGGGUGUCGAGUACAUGCACGAUCAUUACGUCGUUCAUUUGGAUCUCAAGCCAGAAAACAUAAUGUGCCACACUCGUACGUCCCAUCGCAUAAAACUGAUAGAUUUCGGUCUGGCUCAAACCUUAAAUCCGGACACUCCGGUUCGUGUGCUGUUCGGCACCCCAGAAUUCAUUCCUCCAGAGAUAAUAGGCUUCGAGCCAAUCGGCACCGAGUCGGACAUGUGGAGCGUCGGGGUCAUUUGUUACGUUCUAUUGACCGGUCUCUCCCCAUUUAUGGGAGACAACGACGCCGAAACUUUCGCAAACAUAACCCGAGCCGAUUUUGACUUCGACGACAAAGCCUUCACAGCCAUUUCCUCUGAGGCCAAGGACUUUAUAAGCGCUCUUCUAAUCAAACGAAAAGAGCUGCGAAUGUCGGCCAAACAAUGUCUGGAGCAUCCGUGGUUGGCUCAACAAGCAGAAUGUAUGAGCAGCGUAGCUCUUCCAACUGACAAACUCAAAAAGUUCAUCGUCCGACGAAAGUGGCAGAAAACCGGAAACGCGAUACGAGCUCUGGGCCGAAUGGCAAUACUGUCGGCAAAUAGUCGAAAGAAUCUUUCAGCUGCUUCGUCACCAACUAAAACGAGCUUCGACGACGAAUUAUUUAGCGACGUGACGGGAAACGGAAUGGGUUUUAAGCCCAUUCAACCAGUCGUCAUAAUCGAGGACAGAACGGUCAGCGAUGCCUUUGAAAAAAAGUUAGAGUCCAUUGACCAGGAGGAGGAGACGAUGACGAAUGAUGAAAAUGGGGGAGCCGAAGAGGUUGAAAACGAGCUGGAAACUGCGAAUCUUCCUGAACCGGAAAUACCCAAAGACGAGGAUUUUUCAAAUGGCAUUUCUACCGAGGAUCCCCUCACUGUGACGGAACUCGAUGAUCCUGGAAAUUCCGAGGACGAUGAGCACGAUGACGAGUCCCCGUUGAUCCAGGAAUUCGAUGAUUUCAUCAAAAACGACGAAUUUUCGACUCAAUUUUCAAACACUUGCAUCGAAGAGAUAACCACCAGCGUAACCGCCGAUGACGUAAUCGAGGAUCUCGUUUCGGGAGAUUCAGUGACCUCGUUCACUACCGAAAUCUUAAGAAAACAAAGUUUCAGCAGCUUCGUCAAUUUGGAAAUUAGCGACGAGGCUGCUACCACUGAGACUCAACGAGGAGAAUGCGAAAACGAGCUUGUUCAGGGAGCCAGAGAGUCUCGGGGCACAGUAAUUGAAGCAACCACGAAAGCUGAGAGGACAGAAAGUCGCGACGAAGAAAUUGAGGUCCUCGCUACAAAUUCAAAAAGGAGAGAAAAUACUGGAGAAAUUUCUACGAUACAUUCCGAGAACGUUGAAGAAAAUACAGAGACGAGCCCGAGAACGCCCGUCGUUACUAAAGUUUGGUGUAAAACUAACAAUUCCUUGCUCGUAGACGAGGAAGAUGAGAAUGCAAGGCUAAAGACACACGGACGUUCUCGCCCCUUCGUGCGUACCGGCAGCGUUAGCCGAACGGCGAGGAUGUUCGAGAAAGUCGAUGACACGAAUAAUUCCUCAUCGGCAAAACAGCAGCAUCAGAACCCAACGAAUCGAAGCCAACCGAUUGUACCAGAGACGAGACCCCAAAACGAGCGAAUUCGCAAGGCUUUUGCGUUUUGGAACAAAUAAAAUUUCCCCCUCCCCAGGAAAUGAACGAACAAGAAUCUCAAAAACCGUCUCCCGAUAUUUCGAAACACUUGUUGACGUCGCCUCAUGGAAUUAAUACUUUUUGAUUAGUCAUUUUUGUUUUAUUUCGACAAAAGGAAAACAAUGACGAAAAGUCCAUCACGCGAGGGAAAGGACUCGAUUUUUGGGUUAAACAAAAUUGUGUACACAUAAACGAUGUAAUUUCACUAGAGUCUGGAAAAACAAACACUUGGGCCUUGUAUGUGUGUAAACAUUACAUGUCUAUACGUCA